GGGGGGGAGGGUGUCCCGUUCAGCCGGGGGCCCCUCCCCAGCCCGCCCGGCCCCAAAGUUUUGCGGUGAAAGUUUGUGUCUCGGCGCCGCUGCGGAGGCGCCUGCCGGGAGCGGCGGGCAGAGGGGGAAGAAAGUCCACCUCCAGUCCGGCUAGAAGAUGGAGAGCCAUCAAGUUGCUGUCUCGUGAGCCCCGUUUCUGUUUAACUUCCCCCAAUCCAGGUGACUUCCAUGGGACUGCUCGCUGACUUCCAGCCGCGCUUCAGGCAGAUGCUGCCAAUGUCCUGUUGCAUGAACAACACAUCUUUUGUCUGGGGGAAAACAGAAGAGGUCCGUGUCUCAGGGGAAGAUACUGAAGAAGAUGCAGGCACGCUGAAAACUUCAGAAAAGUGAGCCAUGCGUCCUUCUGAAAGCUGAAAAGUAGCCUCCUAAUAGGGUCAUGAACCUAAGACAAGUCUUUGUGUCUCUACUGAUGUUUGGAGUAGCUGGUCUACUCCUCUUCAUGUAUCUGCAAGCUUGGAUUGAAGAACGACAUACAGAGUCUGGAGAAAAAUUGCAACAACAGAUUAUUAAUCAGGAUUUCACACUCCCACCUCUGGGGAUGCCAAGGAGAGCAGCAUGGAGCAGGAGCGCUCCUCCUGGCCUCAGUAAGCGUGAGAUGGCCGUCUCAGGUGGUAGGCACUGGCCAGGCAAGGCUGACCCCUUUGGUGUGAUGGCUGCCUCCUUGGUGAGCCAACUGUCUGACCAGCAGAAGAGGAGUGAGUCACGUCUCAGCUGGUUCAGAGGGGUGUAUUUACCUCCUGCACCACACCCUUUAAACAAGACGUUAGUCAAGGGUGGCAAGUGGAAGGAUGUGGAUAGCACCCAGGAAAAGCGCAGGUCCUUCCUGCAUGACUUCUGCAAGAAAUACAACAGCAGAAAGCAGCUGAGAACCCACCUCGUACACCUGGUGUCAAGAAUUUAUGUGGAGGACAGGCACAAGGUCCUGUACUGUGAAGUGCCAAAAGCAGGCUGCUCCAAUUGGAAAAGAGUCCUCAUGGUGCUCAAUGGACUUGCCGCUUCAGCACACAACAUCUCCCAUGAUGAUGUGCACUAUGGAAAGCAUCUAAGGAAACUGGACAGUUAUGACCUAAAAGGGAUAUACACACGCUUGAACACGUACACCAAGACUAUAUUUGUACGUGAUCCUAUGGAAAGACUGGUAUCUGCCUUCAGGGAUAAGUUUGAACAUGCAAACAGCUAUUACCAUCCAGUAUUUGGGAAGGCAAUCAUUAAGAAGUAUAGACAUAACGCAAAUGAAGAGGCAUUGAAAACAGGAUCGGGAGUUAAGUUCAAGGAGUUUAUCCAGUAUUUGUUAGAUUCCCAUCGCCCAGUAGGAAUGGACAUUCAUUGGGAGCAAGUUAGUAAGCUUUGCUAUCCCUGCCUCAUCAACUAUGAUUUUAUAGGAAAGUUUGAAACCCUAGAAGAAGACGCCAAUUACUUUUUGCAGCUGGUAGGUGCUCCAGCUGAGCUGAAGUUUCCUAAAUUCAAAGACAGACAUUCCUCUGAUGAGAGAACAAGUGCAGAAGUAGUGAGGCAAUACUUAAAAGAAUUAUCUAAGGAGGAGAGACAGCUGACCUACGACUUCUAUUACUUGGAUUACUUAAUGUUCAAUUAUACAUCACCAAUUGUAUAGCACCAGAAUAGCUUCAGGCUUCUAUUAGAUAUUUAUCAUUUUGGGAUACAGAACAACUAGUUUGAUAUUAGCCCUGAAAGGAAACAAAGUUACUGCUAAGUGGAGUUGUCUUGACUUAGUGGGGUUUUUAUAUGCUAGAGUGACAUCAGUUGACAUUAAAUUACAGGAGAAUGCACAAAAAAAAGACCUGUAAACAGCAUAAAUUGCACUAAAAUGCCUGAAAAAGCUGCUUUUACCAUUAUGGAUUAUGCUGUGGAAGCGGUAGCGCAGCCAGCUGUUGCAUUAGCUUACCUAAUGUUCUUUUAAUGGUUUAAGAAAAAAGCAUUCAGAGUAGCAUGAUUCUUUUUGGUGUGUCCGCUUUAGAAAUUGGUUUUGAAACUAUUUUUGAAUGUAUUUUUUACUUUCUGUCACUUAUUAAUAAAGAAGCAUUGGCUAAUUUUCUAAAACAUUUGCAGCGUUCUCAGUUGCAAGGCUUGGUUGUUUGAUUACCAUUGGACUGUAGCUGGUUUUAGACCUGAUUGGUUUUUAUUGAAGGAUGCUCUUGAAUACAAAUGCAUAAAACUACAAAUAACACAGCAGCUCAGCUAGUGAGCAGGGUAAAUUUGGGUAAGCCUGUGAUCUGAAGUCCCGGUCCUCUACCCCAUUUUGAUUGAUGCACUAGAGUUGACAAACAUGACCCUCCUUUCAGAGAACUGCCACAUACAUUAAAAUUAACAUUUUAAUUUACAGUGGAGUCAACCACGUGAUGCAUACUGUGGUCCCAAAAUUCAAGAUAGUCUUCAUCUUUGGUGAUAGGGCAAAAUCUUAGGGUGGUAGCUAUGGGACAUUAUAAGGUCUGUACUGAGAAGCAAAUUCAUUGCAACUGCUGUGACCGCUCUUGGUCUGCCAGUGUCCGAUCACCAGCCCAGGUCCCAGUGAUUUGUUACACAGAAGGUAUGUAUGCCCAUUGCCUCCCAAACCCAUGGUCUGGUUUUGUCCCCAAAGCUUCCUGAAGUCACCUGUGUUUUGCUGUCCUUCCUGUCUUGUCAGCAGCCAGCAAACCCCAGGGGUGGGGUAGUUGCUGCAGUGUUAUGUGGUGGGAUGGGUAUUGGUGAUUUGUCCCAGAGGCAGUUGUGUCCAGAGUCCCACAGUCCUGGUUAUAAAAGGAAAAGGUACCUUCUCUCCUUCUCUUCCCUCUCCUCCAUCAAGCGCUGUCUGACCAAUGCAUGCGGUUGUUUCUGCAACCCGCAGCUGCACAUGGUGUUGUAGGAUGGGUGGCCAGGGUGUCCCAGGGGGAGGAGAGAUCUCUGCAGAAUGGACAGGGAGAAAUCCCUGUGCCCUUCCAAAAUAAAGAUGACACCUAUUCUUUGCUUCCUGGAGUGAUUUGGGGCAUCUUGCUCCAGUGUCUUGAUAUAGCGAGUUGUAGAAUAAGGAAACAGCCUGGUGGGAAACUGAAGCAAGUAAAAAGUCCUUUUCCUCUGUUCGCAACCACUGCUCACAACUAGCAUUACUGCUGUCCUUUCCCUCAUCUCGGGCAAAUGUACAGCUUCAGUCCUUCCACAGGAGUAAUUGUGGGUCCCUGCUGAAAGGAGAGACCAUUUCCUACAUAGCUUCGCUGCUUGUUUCUCCCUCAGUUUUCUCCUCAGAAGAGGAAAAAAGCCACUUCCAGCCUCCACAGUGCCAGUGUGUAACCGAGCAGGCUCUGUAUAUCUCUCCUCGCUGCAGGACGAGCUGCUCCGAGAGGGAAAGGUAAAAGCAUACUGGGCAGCCCAAAUCUGAGGUGAGCUGUAUGUGACUAGCAGCACCCAUAGCUGGAGGCAGCCUGUUCCCUGGGGCUGUGGAGCAGAGGAGGAGACAGAAAAAGCCCACAAGCCAUCAUCACCAUGAGGUGUGGAGAGGUGCAGGUGUUCAGCACCGACGAGAAGGAGCAGGGUUGCCUUGGACAGGUAAACGCGCACACCGUUACUUGUGUGAGCUGUUCCUGUGCCUAGACGGACCCAUAGGUGUUAACACCAGAAGUGUUUGGGAUGCCAUAUCCAACCACCGAACUGCCCCAAAGCGUGCCUUUCCUCAGGUGAGCAAUGUGUCCCUAAACCUCCACCUCUAGACUCAAGAUGGUGUCUGACUCCCACCUUCCCUGGCAGAAAUCCCUCCUGAUUUUCCCGCGGGCUCUGUCCCAGAGCAGGCAGUGCCGGAGCCGCACCACUCUGCCUGGGGCACCCUGGGGAGCGCAGCUGCCCCACCGCCCCGAGGGCUCAGCCCCCGGGGCACCAUGCUGGAGAGGUCAUUCCUUGCAGCCACUGCCAUGCUGGACACCAGUACACUGCCAUGCUGGACACCAGUACACUGCCACUCCAGUGCUGUGCACCAUGCUGGUUAAUGGCUGUUACUGAGUUCCCAUGUGUCUUUACCCAGAGCGAUUUUUUUUUUUUUAUUAUUUGACCAUGCACUUUCAUGACUGUUGCUCUCAAGUGGGACUAUGCAUUAGGACAUUAAAGAGCAGCUCCUGCCAGAGUUUUGAUUUUGUGUCAUCCAGCCUCCUAACUCAUGUGAAAACUGCCUUAGAUUUCACUUGGAUUUGACCUGGGUGUAAAAAGCAUCUUUUCCACGGAUGCAGUAGAGCUCUCUAGAUCCUCUGCUCUUGUAAGUAUUGAUUCCAACCUCAAAUCCUGAAUGAAUCUGUCUUGCCUUGUAGGGUGGCCACUGAAGAUGUUAAAUAAAAAACAAAUGUACACCAACCUUUGGAUGUUUAUAUAUUUGCUUUGUCUUGUCUGUUAUGGAUGUGUGUUAAUUAAUUGUAAAUUUACAGACAAAAAAAAUGGCUCACAUACCAAUAUUUUCUAAAAAAACAUAUGACAGAAAAAAGUUUAACAUGCUAAUAAAGAAUGGAGGCCAAUUUA